AUGGAUAAGUUCCUUGUUUGGAAUCUCCGGGGAGCCAACAACCAGCAAAAACAACAACAAAUUAAACAGUUCAUUCGAACUCAAGAGGCUGGUUUUGUUGGUCUUCUCGAAACAAGGGUAAAGGUUCACAAGCUUGGAACCUUGUACCUUAAUGUCUUUAACGGAUGGUGUUUUUCGUCAAAUAUAGCAUGGCACCAAGGAGGAAGGAUUGGUAUCGCUUGGAACCCAAACUGUUUCAUUGUUGAUAUUAUCAAAUGUACGAGCCAACUUAUGCAUUUGAAAAUAACAACAAUGGAUGGUACUUAUCAUAGUUUCUUGACUGUUAUAUAUGGCUUCAAUGACAUGAAAGAAAGAUUGGAAUUGUGGAAGGAUUUACAGUCCUCAAAGACAGAUGAAAGUUGGAUAUUAAUGGGGGAUUUUAAUGCAAUCAUAGGCAAAGAUGAGAGAGUGGGCCACAAAGUUAAAUAUCAAGCUGAAGCUGAGUUCAUUGAGUGCAUUCAAGACUGUCAACUUGAAGAUAUCAAAGCUACGGGUGCUUUCUUUACGUGGACGAACAAACAGCAGGGCCAAGACAGAAUUUUUUCAAAGAUCGAUAGAAUCAUGGCCAACCAAAACUGGUUAGAUACUUACCCGAAUGCUGAAGCUUUAUUUUUGAAUGAGGGAACUUAUGAUCAUACCACAGGUAUUCUGUCUUUAUUUCCCAAAUGGAAGUGUGGGAAAAAACCCUUCAAAUAUUUUAGGAUGUGGACAACACACCCUGAAUAUGACAGUAAGGUUGCUGAUGUAUGGAAACAAAGAAUUAGUGGCACUAGUAUGUAUCAGGUGGUGCACAAAUUGAAGGCCUUAAAGCCUGUCCUUAGAGAGAUCAACCAGAAAGGCUUCUUGGACUUGCAAGCUACAUGGAUUCAAGAAAAGCAACUACUUGAUGAAACUCAGAGUAAGCUGCAUACUGAUCCAUUAACUGAAGCUCUAUAG